AAUGUUUUGUUUCCACGCCAUAUUUGUUAGCCGGCUAGCGCUCUCUAAAGAGGCGUCCGACGCGACCUCGGCACAAUCCGAAAUCAUCGGUGCUUUCACGAGGAGCAUCGACUCGAGAACGGCGUUUGUCACCGCAUACACGCGUCUGUGUUUUAUUAGGGAAGGUUUUGUUCGGGAGCUCCACGUAGAAUUUAAAUAAAAGCGAAGCGAUCGAGUCGUGUUCCCUUGAGAUCAAAGCAGGACUGUGACUAGCAGGGGGUCUCUCGUCGUUCGUGCGGAUUAUUUCUUGUCGCCACGUCCUUUUUUUAUCAAAUACAACCUUCGAUAAAAUGGCCUGUGGAGCCACUCUUAAAAGGACUAUGGAUUUCGAUCCUCUGAUGAACCCGGCGUCUCCGAAGAGGAGGAGAUGUGCGCCCAUGUCGCCGUCCAGCUCGAGCGCCUCUCCGCAGAAAUACCUGCGCAUGGAGCCCUCGCCCUUCGGCAGAGUGUCUUCAGCCCUCACCACAGAGCAAAUCCUGAGCAACAUCAAGCAGGAGUACAAGCGCAUGCAGAAGAGGAGACAUCUGGAGAGCAGCUUCCAGCAGACAGACUCCUGCUGCCCCCUCGACUCACAGCCACACUCCUCCAUCAGCAGCACAGCCACACUGCCAGGUGCGUCCUCCGGAUCGGCGUCCCCCUCCAGGCGGGAGCAGCCGCUCUUCACGCUGAAGCAGGUGGGGAUGAUCUGCGAGCGUCUGCUGAAGGAGCGCGAGGAGAAGGUGCGGGAAGAGUACGAUGAGAUCUUGACGACCAAACUCGCAGAACAAUACGACGCUUUCGUGAAGUUCACCCACGACCAGUUGAUGAGGCGGUUCGGGGAGCAGCCCGCCAGCUAUGUGUCGUGAGCGGGCGGCGCCGUCGGACGUGGUGGUGUCCUGCGGUUGGUGCCGUGCUCUAGUGGAUCUCUGCCUGUGUGAGCUCCUGACACUCAGAAUAGGUCCAGCUGGGUCUCCAGCAGUGCCAAUCGCAUCUUUCCCCCCGCUGGGCACAGAGUUAUUAUGUGUCAGGCUUCUGUCAGUGCGUAACCACUCUCUCUCUCUGCAGCGGCUGAGUGCUUCCUGCCCUCGUCAACGCCCAUAUACACCUCCGCAACUAUUACUCCGAUCAGUGGCUCUUGUGUCUCUUACCGAACCCUGGAUAUUUAUUAGGCUUUGACGACGCCUUUUAUACAGUCACCUGUCAUUUCAUCCUCGUUUUUUAUGUUCGAUUUUGUAAAAAUGCCUUUUAUUCGCUGCAAACGACGUCGAUCGCCACGAUAAACGUGAGGCGGCGUGUAUCUCGGAGACUGCUGUUCAUAGCUUUGUGUAAAUACAUCCUGGCUUUCAUCUCCAGUUUUCAUGUACAAAUCAAAUACAGCAUUUAUUUUGAUUGGAGUCUGUUUUCAUGCUUUGUAUUUAUUUUUGUUCAUUUUUAAAUUUUUUUUCUUUUUUUUUUUUUUUU